UUUUUUUUUUCAAUCUUCUCUCUCUAUUCAUGACUACCCCAUUUUGCAAGCAAUAAACAAAAUUUCUCUUUCAUAUGCUCUUCUUCCCAUCAUUCAUUUCAUUUUUCACUCUCUUUACUUUCUCUCUCUUCUCUGUUUUUUUUUUCUGUUGAUGAAUUUCAGAGAAUUAAGAUAGAAUCAUUGUUGCUGUUGAAAUUCUGAGAGAGAAAAUGGAUGUUCUGUGUUAUCAGCCAUGUUAUCUGACCAUCUUCAAGAAAUUAUGACCCAGAUUGUCAGAAAUCAGUUAUAAGUAUAGCAAAUCUGUUUUUGUGGAUUACACAAUUGAGAAGAGAGAAGUAAGAAUAAAUGGGCAAUUUUGGAAUUACAUUUACAUCAAUUAGUAUCUUUUUUGGGUUGUGUUUGGUUCAUGUUUAUGGUGAGCCAUGGCAAGACAAACAAGCCUUGCUUGAUUUCAUUCAAAAUACAUCACAUUCAAGGUUUCUGAAUUGGGAUCCAAACAGUCCCUUAUGCACUAACUGGACUGGUGUCACUUGUAAUGAUCGACAAACAAGGGUUAUUGCUCUCCGGUUGCCGGGAAUCGGAAUUCGAGGCUCGAUUCCAUUAAACACACUUAGCCGUCUUACUGCCCUUCAAAUAAUUAGUCUUAGGAAUAAUGGGAUUUCAGGUGUUUUUCCAUCUGAAUUUUCUAAGUUGAGUAAUUUGACUUCCCUUUAUCUUCAAUCCAAUAGAUUUUUUGGUCCUUUACCUUUGGAUUACUCUGUUUGGCCAAACCUUGUAGUACUGAAUUUAUCCAAUAACAAUUUCAAUGGAAGUAUUCCAACUUCACUGUCCAAUUUAACCCAACUUACAACACUUGAUCUUUCAAGAAACUCACUUUCUGGUGAAAUUCCUGACUUGGGUAUCACAAGUUUGAGGAUUUUGAACUUUUCAAACAAUCAUUUGAAUGGGAGUAUUCCUAAUUCUCUUAUGAGGUUUCCAAGUUCAUCCUUUUCCGGCAAUAACGUUUCCUCGAGGGAGGUUUCUAUUCCUCCAAUACCAUCAUCACUUCCGCCUGACAACUCAACUCAUAAGCACAGGAAGAUCAGCGAGACUGCGUUGUUGGGGAUAAUAAUCGGUGGUGCUGCUGUUGUGUUUGUUAUGAUCGUGGUUUGCAUGGUUCUUUUGUGGUCGAACAAAAAGAGUAAGGACCAAAGCAAUGAAAUGGAGGCACAAACGAAGGAGAAGUUCUCUGCCAAGAAGAAAAGAAGGCCUUCAGAAAGCCGAGAAGAGAAGGAUUCGAGGAUCACUUUUUUUGAGGGCUCUAACAUGGCAUUUGACUUGGAGGAUCUUCUAAGGGCCUCAGCAGAGGUUCUUGGUAAGGGCAUGUUUGGUACAACAUAUAAGGCCGCCCUAGAGGAUUCUAGCACGCCUGUAGUGGUGAAGAGGCUCAAGGAAGUUAGUGUAGGAAAACGUGAUUUCGAGCAGCAAAUGGAGAUUGUUGGUAAUAUUAAGCAUGAGAAUGUUGCUGCUCUCAGGGCAUAUUAUUAUUCCAAAGAUGAGAAGCUCAUGGUUUAUGACUAUUUCAGGCAGGGCAGCUUAUCAACUAUACUACAUGGAAAAAGAGAAAAUCGAUCUCCAUUGGAUUGGGAAACCCGGCUAAGAAUCGCCAUGGGUGCAGGAAGAGGCCUUGCUCACAUUCAUUCUCAAAAUGGUGGGAAAUUAGUCCAUGGAAAUAUUAAAUCCUCUAACAUUUUCCUCAACCAAGAUAACUACGGUUGUGUAUCCGACCUUGGUUUAGCAACCAUAGUUACACCCUCGGUCCCACCAAUCCAACGAAUACUAGGGCACCGGGCUCCAGAAGUCUCGGACUCUCGGAAAGCAACACAAGCUUCUGAUGUUUAUAGCUUCGGAGUGGUAUUACUCGAGCUUCUCACAGGGAAAUCUCCUCUUGAGGAAGGUAAACCCCUAGUAAAAUGGGUGUCUUCUGUUGUUAGAGAAGAGUGGACAGCUGAAGUAUUUGAUGUAGAGCUCUUAAAAUACACUAACAUAGAGGAAGAAAUGGUGGCAAUGCUACAACUAGGAAUGACUUGCACCGAGCAUGUCCCAGAGAAAAGGCCAAAGAUGUCGGAGGUGAUCAGAGUGGUGGAGGAACUCCGAGGAGGAAACUCCGGCACUCGCCCAUCAUCAGAAGUUUCAACUCCAACACCAGCAAGCCUUUCACAUACAGUUGAAAUAGGAUCAUCUACCUAUGUUACCCCACAAGAAUAAGGUUGCUUGUCUUAGUAGUUUAAUUUAGUUGUAACAAAUAUUGUUUGAAUUUUCUAUUUUUACCCAGAGGCUGGAAUGAUUUUGCUUAUAAAAUGAGGCACAUGGUUUAGAAUUAUUUUAGUAUUUCUUAGCAGAAAGUAGGAUGAAAGUAGUUUACCAACCAUAGCCAGCUAAUGUCAAGAAAUAGUUAGCUAAGAGAGCAUUCUUUCCCUCCAAGAUUGCCAGCAAAUAUAACCUGCUUUAGUCAA